AAGAGAUGUGAAAUCUAUCUGGUAAAGCUUUUUGACAUCAUUCCUCAAUUUGCUGAUGGGAAAACUGUGGACAGAUUUUAUUCAAAUAAUGCAGUUUCAUUUUCUUAUUUGUCUUAGUACUAUGUCGAGGCCUUGUUGGCAUUAAUUCCUGGGAUUAAUGGAUGGAUUUGAACUUUUAUGUUUAUGAUGUUCUCUUUAUUCGACUUGUUUUCUACAUCUGAUUGUUAUUACUCUCUCUACGCUACUUAUAUAUCUUAUAUCUGGAGAUGUAUUUGUGGCUUUCCUCUUGCAAACAGUAAGGGCAAGAUAAUUUGUUAGUGUCUCUAAAUUAUCUUUUUGAUAUUUUAGUAUCCAUACAUCUGCUAAAAUUUGGUUGUUUACGCUCUGGUAUAGGAUUUUAUCCGUUAUAGCUUAUUGAAUAAUGUACCGGAGCUCUCAUCUCCAGUUUUGCAAAAUUGAGAUUUUUUUAAUCCGCUUUAGAUUAAUUUAUUUAGGAAUAUUAAUGUAAGCAACAGUCUUGAGAAUUCAAUAGGUUUGAUCAUAUUAUAAAGCACAUUGACCGAUAAAAGCUUUUUAGGCAACCCACCCAUUCCUAGCUAAAGGAGUACUGCUUUGUUUUGAUGAAACAAUUGGAGUUGAUUGAGGCUCUCUUCCAUUUUGUUUGAAGAGGCUAGAUAUGUGAAUUGUGGUCCAAAAGGCAUAUGAUUAAAAUAGGAUGGGUUAAAUGGAGGAGUAAUUAUGGCAUAUUGUGGGGUCCAUGUGUACCUCUAAAAUUGAAAGGUAAAUUUUAUAAAAUAGUCAUUAGCCCAACCAUACAUUAUGGGAUAGAAUAUUGGGCGGUUAGGAAACAAUAUAUUCAUAAAAUGAGUGUUGUAAAAAUGCUAAUGUUGAGAUGGAUGUGUGGGUAGAUGACCAAAAAAAAAAAAAACAUGAGUAAAGUGGUUUAGUCAUGUGACUUAUGUCCAAUGACGGCCAUUAAGAACAUCGGUUUGGAAAACUGACAUGGUACAUAUUGAUGCUAACCUAGGUAAAGGAAGACAAAAGCUAAUAUGAAUUAGGAUAUGAUUUAAUUGAGGCUACGACCUUAGAUAGAGCAUACUCACAAAACAUGAUUCUUGUAACCAACCCCAAAUAGUAGGGAAAAGCCUUUGUCAAGUUGAAUUGAGUAGGGUAGAAUUAAUAAUUCUAUCUAUCAUUUAACUAGUUAAUGAAAUAUUUGGGGGUGCUUGGAAGCACUCUACACUUUCCUCAGAUGUUAAUUUUUUGGCACUUCGGUCAUGUUCAGUCCCAUGGGUUUUUUAGCAUUCUUUACCCACAUGGAGUGCUUACACUAGAACGUCCUUAAGGAUUAAUAGGUCAGCUUGAUUUGUUACAAGUUUUACUAUGGAAUUUGUUUUUGUUCGUAUUUUGUGACGUGGUCUCUCUCUCACAGACACACAAAAGUUUGAACAUUCUUACCAAAGGACCAAAUGGCCCAGCGGUAUCACCCUUUCCUUCCCAUAGGGAGGUCGGGGGUUCGAACCUCGGUGGAGGUAGGGUGUGUGAGUAGUUGCUAACUUCCAAAAAUAAAAAAAAGUUUGAAGAUUCUUCACUUGUCAAUCAAGAAAUGCACGGUCCUGUUGUUAGUGAAAUAGAAAUUGGUAAGACAAUUCUACCUCAGUGAUUAACGCAGAGCAUGCAAAGAAAACAUUUCAUGCUUUGUAAUCUAAUAUACUUUAGGGAAAGCUUGUUUCUUUUUAUUGGAUUUUUUUGCCAAAAAAGAAUAUUGAGUUAUGCUAUACAUGUCCAGAGUUCCCUGGGACGUUUUUCCAGUUCAGUUCCCUCUGGUCACCCACCUGAGUUUGAUUACUUCAAUAGCAAUCAAUAAUCAAUUAGUUGUUUUUCCAGUUCAGUUCCCUCUGGUCACCCACCUGAGUUUGAUUACUUCAAUAGCAAUCAAUAAUCAAUUAGUUGACAUAUGUUUCUGUUUUGUGUUGCAUUUUGAGGUUGACAGAAUUCGAAUGUCAAAUUGUUGGUUGUGUUCAGUCUGUGAGGUUAUGACAACUCCCAAUGCCUCAGCUCCUUCUCACUUGACUCCUCUCUUUUUUAUCUACUUUUUGGCUAAUAAUUUAGUCCGGCCUACCUGUUGAAGAGUAUUAUCACUGCCGGAGUAUGUUGUUGUUGUCGCCUCCCCCUCUUUUUUAUUUUCUUCUUUGCUAAUGAUUUAGGCCGGCCAAACUGUUGAAGAGUAUCACUGCCGGUGUGCGUUGUUGUUGUUGUCGCCUUCCCGCCAUAUGAAUUUAUGUAAUGACAGACGGAUUUUCCUUGCUAUGUCCUAUGGGUAGAAUGCAAAUUGUAGUAACAUGUACGAAACUGCCUCUUGUCUGUGCCAUAAAAUCAUAGAUUUGAUCAUUUACCUUGUGAGUUUCAGUGUUUCAAGCUAUUAUAUAAAUUCUAAGCGUAAAAGUCAUUGCUCGCGAUGGUAAGAAGAUUCAACAUCAUAUAGCAAGUUCAGAGAGCAUUGGUAUGAUUGUUGUACCAACAGAAUUCGGAAAUCACCAAAGGGCCAAACCAGACUCAUGCUUCCUAAAGGGAGGCCACGGGUUUGAAACUUUAGCUUAUGAGGAAAAAAAAAAAGAAAAAGAAAAAAAAAAAGGCAGAUUUAUUAUUUUUAUUUAUAGUACGUUAGCAAUAUUGGUGUGACCGUGUGAUUGUUGUAGUAACAGAAUUCAGUUCAGAUACUCAUAUAUGGUCCCCAUGAGCAAAAGAGCAUCUAAUGGUUGUCUAUAAAUAUUUUUUUUUUGGAUGUAAAUUUGAUGUUUUAUAGUGGAUUUAAGUUAAAAAUUUGGACUAAUUAUUUUUAGUUCCGUCAUUGUGUCAAAAUAAUAAUAACAAUCACGUGUCAUAUUCAAGACUUCAUAUAAUUUCAUAUAAUUACUAUGAACUUACCUCGAAUAGAGUUAAUUCAUUGAUAAUUGAAUGAGAAAGAGGGAAGAAAGAUAAAAUAGGUUAAUGUGGAUGUGUAAAGAGAUUGUGCUUUUCAUAUUGCUGAGGUAGUAAUAUGUCGAUAAAAAUAUUUUACACAUUAUGCAUAUUUUACACAAAAAGAUCUUUUGACACUUGGAAAGCUAAUUUUUAAUUUUAAUAUUUAAAGAAGAAAGUAGAAUUAUUUCGGUUAUCUUGAAUUUGUAAAAGAUACUCCUUAGAUUUAAUUCCCCAAGUGCUACACACACAAGCCACGCAUAUUCACCUUUAAAAACACACACGCAAACAAACAAGGAAUCGUCAUUGGAUCAGUAAAAGAUUUCCGAAAACAUUGGAACACCGGAAAAAGGAAAGAAGUGGAGUUUUGAUUUAUUUUUAAUUUUGAGUCAACUUUUCGAUUUUCAACAACAUUGGAUCAAGAGAAGAUUUCCUAAAUCAUUGGAACACCCGGAAAAGGAAAGAAGUGGAGGAAGGGCAAAGAAAAUCAGAAAUUUAUAGCAAGUAAGGACAAAGAAAAUCAGAAAGUUUUAGCUAGUUUUGAUUUAUUUUAAUUUUGAGUCAACUUUUUUAUUUUUAACAGUUUUCUUAUUUUGUUUUUAUUUUAUAUUUGGUAAUUAGCUAAUCUUAGAUAAGAUCAAGGAGAAAUAAAUUCUAUAUCGGGUUUGAUAACUAUAUUUUUUUUGAAAUUUUUGUCUUACCUUCUAGGAAAGAAUAUAUAUAUAUAUAUAAAAUUAAAAGAAAAUUAAAAGAAAAUAAUUGUACUCUCAAACUAGCUUAUUAUUACCGACCCAUUAACAAUGAGAGAGAAAAUAUUAAUGAACAAGAAAGGAUUUGUAAUGAAGGCCCUAUUUAUCAUAUUUGUCACGUGCCAACAGAGCCUAGUCUUACGCGCCUAAUCACUAGUCAAGGACUAGUUCGAAGUUUCAACAACACUCCUACUCUAACCGAAACAUCUAGCGCCACUAGUCCCUCAAUACUGACCGUCCGAUAUAAACACCCUUCUAUAAACUUCCCUUCAAUCCUUACAUACCCCGUUCUCUCUCUCUCUCACUCUAUACGUGUGUAUAUAUAUAUAUAUAUCUUUUCCGUAUUGUUUGUUAUGAGUUAGAGGAAUAGUGAUAUUAUGAUGGAGAAGGAGUUGAUUGAGUUGUUCGAAGCGGUGAAGAAAGCGGCGGACGUGGCGGCCGUUGACGGCGGAGGAGAUUCGUCGGCCGAGGAAGGUCGGUGCCUGGACGCGCUCAAGCGCCUCAAGAAGUUUCCGGUUACCUAUGAGGUUCUUGUCUCCACGCAGGUUGGGAAACGUCUUCGAUAUCUGACAAAACAUCCUAGGAGGAGGAUCCAAGCUUUGGCUUCAAACUUGAUUGAGUUAUGGAGAAAUAUUAUCACUGAAGAAACAAUCAAGAACAAGAAAACUGGUAGCUUAGAAUAUAAAGACUCUGUGGAAGCUAAGCCUGCAUGUGCAGAGAUGAUUGAGACCAAGACGGUUCAUGAGGCGAAAUCCAUGAAGGUUAAGAAGGUUGAAGCUGUGAAACUUGAGAAAAAUGAUUGGAGUGGUACACUGAAUUCUGAGAAGGCUAUAAAGUCGUCUGUCCCUGUUGCUUCCCCAAAGCUGACUUCUGUGAUUAAAUGUAACGAUGCCUUACGGAACAAAGUCCGGGAACUACUUUCGGAGGCUUUGUGCAAAGUUUCUGGUGAGGCUGAUGAAGAUCUCAGGGAUGAAGUGAAUGCUUGUGACCCUUUUCGAGUUGCUGUUGCAGUGGAGUCCUCAUUGUUUGAGAAAUGGGGACGGUCUAAUGGUACCCAGAAGUUCAAAUACCGAUCCAUAAUGUUCAACAUCAAGGAUCCAAAAAACACUGAUUUCCGGAGAAAAGUUCUCCUCGGAGAUGUCAAGCCAGAAAGGAUCCCGGAAAUGAGCCCAGAAGAAAUGGCAAGCUACCAAAGACAACUUGAGAAUGAGAAGAUCAAAGAAAAAGCUUUGUUUGAGUGCCAGCGAGAUGACGCUCCAAAAGCCACCACUACAGAAUUCAGGUGUAGACGGUGUGGGAAAAAUAACACUACGUACAACCAGGCGCAGAUUCGGAGUGCUGAUGAACCUAUGACAACAUUUGUAGUUUGUGUAACUUGCAAUAACCGUUGGAAGUUCUGUUAAAGAGUUCUUUUAGAAGCUCAGGUCUCACCAUGUUUGAACUCUGAAGGUACCCUUCUUGUCACGGUUCAUUAUAAACUUGGUAGCUACAACUCAGUUUUGCAGAAACCAAGUUUAAUUUACGUGUAGGAAGGGUUAGAACUAAUUUAUUGUUGGAGAUAACAUCUUGCUUUGAUAUAGUCAGUUCCUUUGUCAAUAAACAAGUACAAAUUGAUGGCUUUUGUCUCUCCUUGGUUUGAAUUUUUGUUGCUGCUGCUGAAA